UUUGUCUGGGCGGUCGUGACAGAUGCGACCAAUCAGCAAUGGGAUUGUUGGAGAGUUCCGCGCUUCGGUGCGGCUCGAAGCGUGAGGACAGGCAGGAAAGCAGCGCUGAUUGAGACUACGGGGCCUGUUCUAUAAUGGAGGGAGACCAUAAAUCCAGAGCAGCAGGUGGAAGCGAGGAUCAGAUCAUGCAGGUGCCCCAGGGACCCAUGGGGCUGCAGGACAGACUGGACAGCUCGCCCGUGACCGCCUCCACCACCAUAGAGAGCCUGCCCAAGUCUGUAAAGAGGAGAGUGAACACACUGAAGCAGCUGCAGGUGCAGUGUGCUCAUAUAGAGGCCAAGUUCUACGAAGAGGUGCACGAGCUGGAGAGGAAGUACGCCGCGCUCUACCAACCGCUGUUUGAUAAGAGACGGGACGUGGUCUCGGGGGCAGUGGAGCCCACAGACGAGGAGUGCGAGUGGCAGAGUGACAGAGAGGAUGAAGAGGAGCUGGCCGAGGAGCUGAAGAAGAAGGCCACGGUGGAGGAGAAUAAGGAGGCGGCGAGUACUGAGGAGGACCCCAAGGGCAUCCCAGAGUUUUGGCUGACCAUCUUCAGGAGUGUGGACAUGCUCAGUGACAUGCUGCAGGAACACGAUGAGCCAAUCCUCAGACACUUACAGGACAUAAAAGUGAAGUUUUCAGAGCCUGGGCAGCCGAUGAGCUUUACGUUAGAGUUCCACUUUGAGCCCAACGGUUACUUCAACAACAGCGUCCUGACCAAGGUGUACAAGAUGAAGUCCGAGCCCGACCCCAGCGACCCCUUCUCCUUCGAGGGUCCGGAGAUCGUGUACUGUGAAGGCUGUGACAUCGACUGGAUCAAAGGCAAAGACGUGACGGUGAAGACCAUCAAGAAGAAGCAGAAGCACAAGGGGCGUGGCACCGUCAGGACCAUCACCAAGCAAGUGCCCACCGACUCCUUCUUCAACUUCUUCAACCCCAUCAAAGUUGCCCCUGAUGGAGAGCUGGAUGAAGACUCGGAGUUCACCUUAGCCACUGAUUUUGAGAUCGGCCAUUUCUUCCGUGAGCGGAUAGUACCCAGAGCUGUUCUCUACUUCACAGGCGAGGCACUGGAGGAUGAUGAGAGUUUUGAGGAAGAGGAGCUGGAGGAAGGAGAGGAAGAGGACCAUGAAGAAGAUGGUGAUGAAGAUGAGGGAGAUUAUGAGCCCAAGAAAGAAGAGCCCCAGCCAGCCGAGUGCAAACAACAGUAGAGCGGAGAUCUCACACCCCCCCUCCAUCCCCCCCCCCCCCCCCCCCCCUCCCUCCCGCUAGUCCAGUCAGCACGCCUCAGGCCUGCUGUGCCAGACCCCGUUCACUUUCACACAGACAGGAAGAGCGGCUCUCAAAUGCAUGCCCGCGUUUCGCCCCAGUCCUCUGAUCAUUCUCCAGCCAAUUACCUGGAACAGUGAGCCCAGCACUGUCAGAAUGAAAAUGGGUUGCCAGACUCAGCCACGUUUUGGCCCCUCCCCCCUCCCCCCCCCGGGUCAUAGGAACGUCACAAGCGAAUCCGACUAAAGCUUUUACUCAGGGUUUUUUACGCCAUGAAAACAGUGUGUGAAAGUCUAACGCAAAACCGUUCAGAACUUUUGUGCGAUAUUGGGGUUGCCUAUUUAACCAGUUUUUUUUUUGUUUGUUUUUUUUUUUUGUCAAACAAAAAUCUUUUUAAGUAAGUUUCACUUAUUCAGAAGUUAUUUAUUAGUUUAUUUUGUUUAUGUGUACUGGUUCUGUGUACAGUAGCUUGAUGGAGCUGUGUGAUCGUUUCCGCGGUGGAAACCCUGCCCUUGUCCACAGCCCCUCCCGAGCUGUAGGCCUACUGCGCCAGCACUUGCUUAAUAAAUCAAAAUGUGUUCAUUGCCAAAUGGAGUCUUACGACUGAAAGUCACUCAAAAUGGCUGCUGUGCCGUCAGUUCUCUUGCGUCCCGACAGCAGAAUGCUACGCAGUGGAAACCACGGCGACGGCGCGUUCUCUCGCUGUUCCCUCACCGCCGGCUUCGCGGGAGCAGCGUGCCGGAGCACCACGUCGUGAACCACGGCUAGCGGCUGCCGGGCUCCACCAAUCAGACAGCCAGAAAGAGUUCUAACCACGCCCCCUUUCCGCGAGAAGAGCAGCUGUCCAUCACCGCCGCUGCUGCUUUCGUUUUCCAGAACCCCCCGAGCUCCUCGCUCGAGUCCCGCACAACCGUAACCAUGACAGCCGGUGGUUAACGGGCGUUUCUGACGCUCAGGCGGGGGUACCCCGCCAUCGAGCUGUGGGAGCAGGCCCCGGACCCCACGCCGGUAAGAGCACGCGUUUGAGCGUUCGAAAGGUGGGCCUCUGUUUCGUGACCGUGAACAGACUCGGCCAGAAGCUACAGCACCUCUGCAGGCAGCGAGGAAGAGCAGCAGAUCAGUUUUACUCACUUUGUACAGAACAGUUAGGAUAUUCUAUUAAAGGUUGUGCAACAUGAA